AUGAAUCCUGGGCCACCUAACUACCCAAUGGCAUCUCUGUAUGUCGGGGAUUUACAUUCAGAUAUAACUGAGGCCAUGUUGUUUGAAAAAUUCUCUACUGCUGGUCCAGUCCUAUCCAUUCGUGUAUGUCGCGAUGUUAUUACUCGUAGGUCUCUUGGCUACGCUUACGUAAAUUUCCAGCAACCUGCAGAUGCUGAGAGAGCCUUGGAUACUAUGAAUUUUGAUAUGAUCAAAGGAAGACCUAUUAGGAUAAUGUGGUCUCAGCGAGAUCCCUCACUGCGUAAGUCUGGUGUGGGCAAUGUAUUCAUUAAGAAUCUUGAUAAAUCCAUAGACAAUAAGGCUAUGUAUGACACCUUUACUGCCUUUGGUAAUAUAUUGAGCUGUAAAGUGGCCCAAGAUGAAAAUGGGGCUUCUAAAGGAUACGGUUUCGUACACUUUGAAACUGAAGAAGCAGCUAAUAAGUCUAUUGACAAAGUAAAUGGAAUGUUGCUCAAUGGCAAGAAAGUAUAUGUGGGCAGAUUUAUUCCUCGUAAGGAACGUGAAAAGGAAUUAGGAGAAAAAGCCAAGCUGUUCACCAAUGUCUAUGUAAAGAACUUUGGUGAAGAUUUUAAUGACGAGAUGUUGAAAGACAUGUUUGAAAAAUAUGGUCGUAUCACUAGCCACAAAGUGAUGUUUAAAGAUGAUGGAUCAUCUAGAGGUUUUGGAUUUGUUGCUUUUGAAGAUCCUGAUGCUGCUGAAAGAGCUUGUAUGGAGCUAAAUGGCAAAGAACUUGUUGAAGGCAAGCCAUUGUACGUUGGGCGUGCUCAAAAGAAAGCUGAACGCCAAAAAGAAUUAAAACGUAAAUUUGAACAGCUGAAGGCUGAAAGACUCACCCGCUAUCAAGGGGUAAACUUAUAUGUAAAAAAUUUGGAUGACAGUAUUGAUGACGAGCGUCUACGUAACGAGUUCACUGCAUUUGGAACUAUAACAUCUGCUAAGGUAAUGCUUGAAGAUGGGCGUAGCAAAGGAUUUGGUUUUGUUUGCUUUUCUUCACCAGAAGAAGCUACUAAGGCUGUCACUGAUAUGAAUGGCCGCAUAGUUGUUACUAAGCCCCUUUACGUUGCUUUAGCCCAAAGGAAAGAAGAUCGUAAAGCUCACUUGACUUCACAAUAUAUGCAACGGAUGGCUAGUAUGAGAAUGCAGCAAAUGGGACAAAUAUUCCAACCUGGAAGUGCUGGAGGUUACUUUGUUCCAACUAUACCACCCACUCAGAGAUUCUAUGGUCCAGCCCAAAUGACUCAAAUUAGACCAUCUCCUCGCUGGACUCAACAGCCUGUGAGACCAAGCACUCAAUCUGCUGCUUCUGCUUAUCCGAACAUGCAAGCUCCGUUCCGUCCAGCACCGCGCGGUCCCACUCAAACUACGUUGCGUACAUCUUUAGGCGCUAGACCUAUCACAGGCCAGCAAGGAGUUCCUGCAGCAACAUCAAUUCGCCCCAUAAUAACAAGUAGUCGUCCAGCAGGAUACAAAUACACAUCAAAUAUGCGUAAUCCUCCAGCUCCUCAACCCGCUGUCCACAUUCAGGGUCAAGAACCACUUACUGCUACUAUGUUGGCUGCAGCUCCCUUGCAGGAACAAAAACAAAUGUUAGGUGAACGUCUUUUCCCCUUAAUUCAACGAAUGCACCCAGAUCUAGCUGGUAAAAUUACUGGUAUGUUAUUGGAGAUAGAUAACUCUGAACUUCUUCACAUGUUAGAACAUGCAGAGUCUCUAAAGGCAAAGGUGGACGAGGCUGUUGCUGUUUUGCAAGCUCACCAGGCGAAACAGCAGGCCACUAAAAAAGAAUAA